AUGUUCAAGCCCACUCAGUCCCUGUUCGGGGGUCUUCUCUGGAAGACACCAUGGCGUCUGUCCUCGCCGCAAAAGGCCCGGCAACGCAAACGCCUGCGCGCGGUUGACCGUGUCGUUGACACUGUCAGUGCAGCUCUUGCUCGCAAUGGCCAGAGCACCAAGGCCGUUGAGCGAUGGUAUACCGAGAUGCCGCGCGAGGAGGAGAUGUUGCCCAAGGACAAGUACACCCUCUUCGACAAGAAGGAGAAGUCUUACCGGAAGAGCAUCCACAGUAUGUUAACACUUGAGCCCGGCUGGGUUUCUUCGAAUCUUCUGAAUACAAUACUAAUUGAGUCAUUUUUCUUCUACCUGACAGAGCUGCCCAAGUGGACUCGUGUCAGUCAGCGUGUGAACCCUCCUGGUUUCUAA